AGGCAUGCUCACGUGGCAUCCCUUGUGGCACCAAUGGCGCAAAAGUGGCGCAAAACUGGCAAAAGUGGCAGCUCUUCUCAAGAGCAGCGAAGGCAGGCUGCAGCUUGGAACAGGUCCCUAGCUGUGCUUCAAUGCAAAAGAGGAGUUUCUGGAGUUAUGCAGGGGGUCCCUGACAUGCAUUUGCGGUUACGCAGUUAAGUAGCCGCUAGAUUUUUGUUCUGCUGCAAAGAGAUAGCGAUUUGAUGAGAGGAAAGUGCUCUGACCAUCUUUUUCGUGCGGAGAUCCGUGCCCCGUUCAGCCCAGCCAUUUCACAGAAUACAAGAGCCGUUUGAGGAACGUCAGAUUGAGAAAGGGUAGAAAAGCAGCUGGUCACAUUUGAUUUGCUAGCUUCUCUCACAGCAAUUAGCAGUUUGCUCAGCCUCUACUUCGUGUCAUCUUGCGCUUCUGUCUUUUGCUUGUGAGGCGCGUAUAUAUAAGGGGCUGGCGUGGUAUAAGAGAUGGCCGCUGCGGCAAGGUGGCAGAGGGCCGGGCUGGCUGAGUACUCCUUCCAAUGCAUCAGAUCCGGGAACAUCUUUACAAAGGGCCGAUGCAUAGGGCCUGCUGUUACCCCAUGCAGAAAGUGCGGAUGCGAGCUGGACAGAAGUGCGCGACAUCAGAGCCAACGGCAAGGGCAGAGAGCACAUACUCAGAAAAGUUUUCAGAGCACUUUCAUUGGACGGAACAUUGGUCUUUGGCAUAGAAACACGAGGAGCACUGGAAAGCGGGCCUUCUCUGUGCACGCCACCCUGACGCGUCCCGUAGAGCACACGAGUCUAGUUGCGGAGGAUCCUCCAGGGCUGCUUGCUUAUGAGUUGGUACAGGGCGCACUGGUGCGAUGGUCAGACAACAACGGAAAGCGGACGCCGGCACCUCCAACGGCGGUGUUACUGCACGGGAUCCUGGGGGGCCGACGAAACUGGAGUUCUUUUGCGCGGCGCCUUGCGCAAGAGUUCCCGAACUGGCAGUUCCUUUUAGUCGACCUCCGAUGUCACGGCGAGUCUGCCGCAGUCAGGCGUCCGGGGCCCCACAGCGUUGACACCGCCGCACUAGACGUCCUCCAGCUGAUCGUGCAACUGAAGCUCGUUCCCCGCAUGCUCAUCGGGCACAGCUUCGGCGGCAAGGUGGCGCUCAGUAUGGUGGAGCAAGCGAAGAAGCCGCUAGCACAGCCAGUACAGGUGUGGGUGUUGGACGCCACGCCGGGCCUCGUCCGAGCGGGGCUGGACGAAGAGGACCACCCCGCGGAGCUGAUUGCCGCACUGAAAAAGAUGCCCAAACUAGUUCCGGACAGGCGGUACAUCAUAGACCGGCUGAUCCAGGAGGGCUUCUCCCCCGGCAUCGCCCAGUGGAUGACCACCAACCUUAAAAAGACGGAAAACGGCUACGGCUGGGUAUUCAACUUGGCCGGCAUUUCGGACAUGUACCGGUCGUACGAAGACACGUACCUCUGGCGGAUAGUGGAAGACGUUCCCGCGGGUAUUCACAUCAACUUCCUCAGGGCGGAGCGCAGCCUCCACCGGUGGCACCGCGACGAUAUCGACCGAAUCUACUUCGCCGAGCACGCCGCAAACUGGCAGGGGGGCGCUGGGGGCGUCCAAAUGCACGUGCUGGCGGACGCUGGACACUGGGUCCAUACGGACAACCCGGAAGGGCUGUUCCGGAUACUGGCCCCGUCGUUUGGGCCGACGCAAAGCCGGCAGCACGUGUUGCAAGACUAGCAGGCCCGGUGCACGAAUAUUAUGUCGCUGUGUUUGAAAGGUUCGAAUGAAACGAUGCCAUGUAGGUGAUUUCAAUAACUAUGUUGACGAGUGUAGAGCUGUUCCAAAUGGUGCAGCCACCGCUUGUCUUAAACAACAAAUCCAACUGAUGUGGUGGCCGAAGAUAUGGCCCGGGCUACACGCUCAAAGAAAGCUUCCUGCCACUGACACGCACUGCCUGGCUCGGC